GAGGAGAUGCGGUUCCUGGCCUGGGCGGCCGCCGUCCUGCUAGCAGGGCCCCUGGUGCUGGAGGUCUGUGGGGCCCUCAAUGUCACUGUGUCUCCAGGGCCUGUGGUGGACUACCUGGAGGGAGAAAAUGCUACUCUCUACUGCCACAUUACCCAGAAGCGACGGAGAGACAGUCUGCUAGUUGUGCGCUGGCUUUUUGCUCUGUCCGACAGCCAGGAGACCUUGAUGAUUAAGAUGACGAAGCUGAGAGUGGUGCACUACUAUGGCAAUUACAGUCGUCGUGCCAACAGGCAAAGACUACACCUCCUUGAGGAACAGCGCGGGACCCUGUACAGGCUCUCGGUGUUGACUCUCCAGUCCACGGAUCAAGGCCAUUACAUCUGCAAAGCCCAGGAAAUUAGCAAGCACAGAAGUAUGUGGAUGGCAUGGUCCAAUGGCUCCUCAGCUACCGAAAUGAGAGUGAUUACCCUCAAAGAUUCUGAAGGUCCCUCCUUUGGGAAAAAGAAAGAGACCUGGACUGUUUUUGAAGACCUCCAUGUGUAUGCCAUACUUGUGUGCUGUGUUGGGAUACUCAGCAUUCUUCUGUUCACACUGAUCAUCAUCUGGCAGUCAGUGUUCAGCAAGAAGAAAUCUAGAGUGAGACAUUAUUUGGUGAAUUGCCCUCAGAACAGCUCUGGGGAAACUGUCACCAGCCUGGCCAGCUUAGCCCCACUGCAACCCAAGAAAGGCAAGAGGUGGAAGGAAAAAGCUGAUGUUCCUCCUGAAGUCCCAGCCAAAGGUAUGCAGCUGGCCAACAGUUUCCCGUGUAGUGACUGUCGGGUGCUGUCAAGUCAGUUCCAGCUCAUAGAAAACUUACGCAUGACAGAAGGAGACACUGCCCGGUUAUUUGCCAGCUUCACAGUUGUUCGAAUGUUUGACCCCUUUGCUGUGGCCACUCCAAAGAUUGCCGAGGAAAGCUUGACCUAUGCAGAGCUGGAACUGAUUAAACCUCACAAGAAAACCAAGGGUGUUCCAACCAGCACAGUCUAUGCCCAGAUCCUCUUUGAAGAGAAUAAGCUGUAACAUCACAUCUUCUUCAUCAGUCCUAUUUAAUAUAACUGCCACCCCAGCUAUUUAUGAUACCUUCGAAACAAAGCAAUUAUUUUUGUAUUUUUACAUAUGUCUUCUGUGUGGUGAGAACCCUUUAUAUCUGAAUUCCAAAUGCAUUAAAAGAGGAACAAGGAUGCUGAAGAUUAGGGACCAUGGACUUUGGGAGAAUCUCCCAAAAGAAGAAUUUUCUGGACCUAAGCCCUGAGGAGUGAGAAUUCUUUCUGGUCCUGACGGUGCCUGCGGAGAUCCUCUGCUGAGCCAUACUCCAAUGUGUAUCUUCUUCCCUUGGGUUUUUAAAAAAAUACUUUGUAAUUUCAAUUUUAA